UAUCAUUAAUAUUUUUCAUUGUAAUUUGAUUUUUGGCUGUUGAUGUUAUUGGAUUGGUAAACAGUGUCCUGGAUAUUGAAGAACAACAACAUAAAAAAACAACAACAACAAUAAACACAUAAAUUAUGGCUGAUGAAACAGUUAAACAGACAACUGCUAAACCAGCAGAACCUGCUCCAGGUGAUGGUUUACGAUCACUCAAAAGUACAACACUUUUUAGAGCAAUUAACUAUGAAUUGUAUAUUAAACCGAAUUUAUGGGUGAUGGGACUAGGUCUUAUUUCAAUAGUUGGAUGCUCAGGAUAUAUUUUAUACAUGAGAUCAAAGUAUGAAAACAGUGGACAUUAUGUUGCCAUUGAAGCUGAUGGUAAACAAAGUUAUAAAAAAAAAGUAUCAAAAUGGGAAAUGUAAGAUAAAGCAUUUCUAUUAUUUAGAGCAUCAAGACAUUAUCAACAUGUAGCUAUUUUUUUUUCUGUAAAUAAUGUAUACAAUAUUGUAAUAUUAAA